UCACUUUGCGCAAAUCUGACACAACAAGCGCUCGCUACCGGGAGCAUUCAGCGGUGAACCUAAACAACAAAACAUGGCUCUCUUUACCUACAGUAGACUUUGCCAAUUACUAAGACUACCGCCUCGUAAAACUUUAUUUUCGUACACUGGAACCGAGAUUAAAAAUGGAUUGGUGUGCUGUAUGCUGCUGAAACGAUGCCAGAGGUCGGUGGACAGUAAAGCAUUGCAGGAAAGGCAGAAGCAGCAGAUGGCCAGAGGUCUUCCCAAGCAAAAGCCCAUCACAGGCAUCAAAGAAGUCAUUGUUGUGGCUUCAGGAAAAGGAGGCGUUGGCAAGUCCACCACGGCAGUGAAUUUGGCGCUUGGAUUAAUGGCUAUUGACCCGUCAAUGUCAGUCGGUCUGUUGGAUGCUGACGUCUAUGGUCCCUCGAUUCCCAAAUUAAUGAACCUUAAAGGAAACCCCGAGCUCAAUGAGAAUAAUCAGAUGAUCCCUCUCACCAAUUAUGGGAUGCCAUGUAUGUCAAUGGGCUUUCUGGUGGAUGAAACGGCUCCAAUAGUAUGGAGGGGUCUGAUGGUGAUGUCUGCAAUAGAACGACUGCUCAGACAGGUGGACUGGGGCUCCUUGGACUAUCUAGUGGUAGACAUGCCUCCUGGGACAGGAGAUGUCCAGCUCUCAAUCACACAGAACAUCCCCAUAGCAGGUGCAGUUAUCGUGUCAACACCGCAGGAUAUCGCUCUGCUGGACGCUCGCAGAGGGGCCGAGAUGUUCAAGAAAGUUAACGUACCGGUUCUGGGUCUGGUGCAGAACAUGAGCGUCUUCCACUGUCCCAACUGCAACCAUCAGACCCACAUCUUUGGCUCUGACGGGGCCCGGGCACUCGCUGACACUCUGGGCGUGAAGUUACUCGGUGACAUCCCACUUCAUCUAAACAUCAGAGAAAUGUCGGACAGAGGACAGCCUGUGGUCGUCUCUUCUCCUGACAGCGCAGAGGCAGAGGCUUACAAGGCAGUGGCAUCUGCUGUUCUUCAAAGGCUAUUGGAAUUAAAUUCUUGAUUUCAGGGUUCCAACAGGAAAUUGUUUGGUGGACAAAGAAAUACAAUUAUUUGCAUGUAAUAUAUAGAAAUGUAUAUGUACAUUAAAAACCAUUCACUGUAGUAACACACAGUGAGUUAAAUUCAGCCAAUGCUGUUAAAAUUUACACUGUCCAUACUGUGUUGCUGGAGAAAUGUAACAUUAAAUAAAGUAGUGACCUGAAUAAUGUGUACCUUUAUUUUUUUUAAAUGUACAACUUAAAUGUGCUGAUUUAAAAAAAACAAAAAAACAACAACUUUCAAUUAUAACAGGGGGCCUGAAUUUU